AUGUCCAAACAACCAAACCAGGUGCUAAACGUAUCACAAACGCCCACAGGUCAAACGAUGUCGUGGCGCCUGAUAACACAAGCCUAUUAUCGAUUACCUGUCAUGGUGGGCCACGGCGAUAUGCAAAUGAACCGUCUCUGCAGAGACCAUGCUGGCGAAUUGGCUGCAAUCAUUUUUUGGUUGAUGAGCCCCUGUGUCCGAAGCCCUUGUAUCACAACUCCGGAUCCGGCAUCCCUAACGUCCGUGGUGCACCCUUACAUGACACAACCCUUUCCGGUGGAUUACAUGACGGCAUUAUUCAGUGCUUCGAGGAUCAUACCGCCUAGGCUCGCGUCACCGGCCACGACACCACGUGCGCCGAUGGCUUCUGGUGCAUCCCCAAAUGUCACUGCAUUCAACCCUAUGCUGUACUUUGCCGCAGCAACGCAGCUUUUAUUACAUUCACUCAUUCCAUCCACUCAGACAUAUCCACGUUUAGCAGCUCCCGUUUCAUCGAACUUAACAUUGCCAGAUUCACCUUCUCCCAGUGAAUUGUCGGAUUUUAAUCGUUUGAAUGCAUCCCGAGGUGCACCCACCUCUUCGAACAACAUGGGGAGAGCUCGAAGGAAACCACCACCCGAGACCACAUCUCCCGUAGAGUCUAGCAACAAUCGUAAUAUGGAACCGGUUUCCUCAACUGGGCAAUCAGGCAUCCGAGAGAAGAAAUACCAAUGUACAUACCCAGGAUGUUCCAAGGCCUACUACAAGCGAUCCCACUUGAACGAACACUCACAUUUGCAUACGGGCUUGAAGCCGCAUUUAUGCGGCCAGCCUGGUUGUGGGGCCCGCUUCACCCGAGCCGACCAACUCUCCCGACAUCGUCGCGCACACACUGGAGAACGCAAUUUCUUUUGCAAAGUAUGUCAGCGGCGGUUCAAACGUAGUGAUCACCUUAAAGUACAUCUGUCGCGCAAUGUGUGCACACGAACUGUGUGA